UCAGCUGUGUCCAAUCACAGCUGAUCACUGAUCAUCAAAGCACUGAUGAUCAGUGUAGCCCCAGCAGCGCCACCUGUCAGUGUCCAUCAGUGCUCAUCCAUGCCAUCUGUCAGUGCCCAUCAGUGCCACAUCAGUGCCACAUUUCAGUGCCCAUCAAUGCCACAUCAUCAGUGCCCAUCUGAGCUGCCUUUCAGUGUCACCCAUCAGUGCCAGUCAGUAACACCUAUCAAUGCCAGUCAGUGCCACCUAUCAGUGCUGCCAAUCAGUGCUACCUAUCAAUGCCAGUUAGUGCCGCCUAUCAGUGCCCAUCAGUGCUGCCUAUCAGUGCCGCCUAUCAGUACCAGUCAGUGCCGCCUAUCAGUGCCAUAUAUGAGUGCUGCCUUUCAGUGC